AUGAUUAUUGAAUUUAAUGACCAAAACAUCUGUGCAGAGAAAGCUCCGAAAUGUCCGACUGACAACCCGUGGCCCGAAACGCCAGUUUUGGACAAUAAAUUAUACGAACAAUUGGAUUCAAUGGACGAUUCGGAAUUGACCGACAAAAACAAACAACUAAUUCAACAAUUGGUCGACUGGUUUCAUCUGUAUAGUAGUAAACAUGUACGUCAAUUGCAUGGAUUGAACUACCUGGGUGAGGUUUACAAAAAAAUUGGGGACGAUUUGGGAACGUACGAAUUAGCCAAUUUGGAUUCAAUUGGCAAACUAGUCGACAAUCGUAUUAAACAUAAAUAUUUGGUACAGGAUCAACGUUUUCUUGGUUAUUGGUUGAAAUAUUUCAAUCGAUAUUUGUCCAAUGAUUGUCCACUGGAGGCAUAUAAUUCAGCGGCCAAAACUAUGUCGGCGAACCAAUUGGUUAGACAAUUGGGUGAAAUUAGACAAAAAUUAUUUGAAGCAUACGAUGAAUAUCUUGAUGAAGAAAAAUCCAAUAAGGAUCAGUCGUUUUGGGUAUUUUUAAGCAUAGAUCAAAAGAUUUUAAAUUACUUGAAAAAUACAUCACUGUUAGACAAAACUAUUCAACAAUUGACACCCGAAUCGCUUAAAUUGAAAACAUUACAGAUUCUGUUAAUCGAUACGGAACUACUAUAUCGAGGUUAUAGUGCUUAUAAAACUUAGUCAAUCAUUAAUCAACAAAUGCCUUAGUAUUACUUGUAUAUUAUUUAGUAUACAUUACUCCCGUCCCUCC